GACAGUCAUUUUAUCUAACACAUUUACAUCAUCCGAGUCAGUAUAUACUGUCAUUGCGCGAUUCCUGGAUCCAUCAUGCCACGAGGCGAUGCCGUAUCAACAAAGUUUGCUUCUCGGAGCAUGUUCUGCAGCAUGGCUUCAAGUUGCCAGGCGGCUGCCUACUGAGUGGCUUGCAUCAGCUUGGAAACUGACCAGGUUCACGUCCUAUCCUAUUACCUGCCGCAAAGUAGCCCUACCCAUGACUGAACCCGCACCUGAAAACAAUAGCCCUAUUGACUUCACAUCUCAAAUUUCUGAGCUUGGACAUCCAUGUACAUCUGGUUCAUUUGGCGUGGUUUAUCGGCACACCAUCAAGACCAGCGAAGGCACAGUAGAGGUCGCAGUGAAAGUGUUCAAGAUUGAUCCUGAGAGAGACAUGAAGAAACAUGAGAAGGCAAUGCGUCGGGAACUCAAGGUGUGGUUUAGACUGUCAAAACACCUAAAUAUCGUGCCGCUAGUUGGUUACGCACACGUCGAGUCUCCGAGUCCAUUGCUGGCCCUCAUUUCGCAAUGGAUGCCCCUUGGGACAUUAUCUGUGUACAUCGAGGGAGGUGGAAUUACCGCUUCCGCUAAAGCUGAAUUGGUCAUGGGCGUCGCUGAUGGCUUGAAUCACCUGCACUCGGAGAAUGUCAUUCACGGAGACCUUCACCCCGGGAAUGUGCUCAUAGACGGCUCGGGGAAUCCACGUCUCACAGAUUUCGGUCUCGCAACAGUCGUAGGUGACUCAGAGUUACAGCCGUCCACGACCACUGCGAACCGCCAGUUCAACCCUCGAUGGCGUGCGCCUGAAGUCAUCGGAGUCGUCGGUGAGCCUGAAAGACCGACUUUUAAGAGUGAUAUCUACUCUUUUGGUGCUGUUAUGUUAUUUAUUGUUUCGGGGGAUAUACCAUGGAAAGAGAAGAACUCUGCUCGAAUCUGCAUCGCGCUAUCGAAAAAAGCCGCACAUGCACGUCCCACCAACAUCCUUGACGAUCACUGGAAACUCGUUCAAAAAUGCUGGGUUUGGAACCCGCAGGCCCGCCCAGGGGCAGCGGAGGCCGUUAGAUACAUGAACGAUCACUUGAAAUCUAUUCAAAAAUUGGACCUGCAUGAUUGUACAGGAGAACUGAAAUCCACGAGAUCUGGUGCAACGAAGAACAUUGUUAUUUUUGGAGAGACUGGCGUCGGGAAAAGCUCCAUCAUCAACCUCCUAGCAGGGCGCCAGCUUGCUAAACCCUCUCCAGACGCCAAACAUUGUCUAUUGUCCUAUCGAGCGUAUGAUGUUCCCAUCAACGGCGCAUUGUAUCGCAUCUAUACUACUGCCGGGGUCGACGGCAACCGCAUGGACCCUAGCGGAUUUCUCGACGCUGUCACGAAUUCCGACAAGUUGAUGAAGGAGCUGAAAGAUAGAGGAGGAGUCCACCUGCUGCUGUACUGCAUCAAGGGGGGCAGGAUACCAUCAACGUUAGUCACCAACUACAGGCUAUUCUAUGAAUUUUUCUUCGAGGAGAAGAUACCAGUUGCGCUCAUCGUUACUCACCUGGAGGGGGAGGAUCACAUGGACGAUUGGUAUACACGAAACAAGGGAUCGUUGGACCGCCAUGCAAUAAAGUGUGUUGAUCAUGCUUGUAUCACUGCGGCGGCAAAUCUGGACCCGAAAUAUAGGAAGAAGUACGACGCAUCCAAGGAAGAAGUGCGCAAAUUGAUCACACGGCAUGAGGACACGGUGGUGGACUGGAAUGGAGGGUAUGGGUGGUUUGUCAGGUUCGUGGGAAAGUUUAAAGACACAUUAAUGGGGCGUCCAAGCAAGUCAGACAUUCUUGGUGUCCUCACGAAGCGUUGUGGGAUGGAGGAGAGCCUAGCAAAAGAAGUGAUUCAAAAAUUAACUACUACCGGAUGACAGGACUUUCGCUAUGUUUACUCAUUACGAUAGCUAG